AUGUUGUUCCAAUAUAGUCUCUCGCAUAGGUCGGGCUGCUCGUACUUCCACAGCUCGCUGACGUACACCUACAUGCUUGAGUUGUCCAAGGCAUCCUUUAUGUUGUUGUUGAGCCAUGUCGUCGUCCUGCUCCUUCUCCUUGACACUGAUUCUGGCCACAGAGCCCGACAGCCAUGA